AUGGCGUCUACCAACCCAGGUCAUGACGCGCAAUCCCCGGGCAGCCAGCCCCAGUCGCCAACCUCGCCUCGAACGACGACACAGAGCACCCCGGCGACUCAGCCUCGCGACGAUGGGCCAGGCGUUCCGCCCGCGGAUGAGUCGCGCCAGACCCAGGCACGCGACCUGGCCACCAAGGCCCUUCGCUUCGUCUCGACCGCGACACCAUCGACGCUCACCGGCAUCGCCGUCGCCUUCUCGGGCAUCACCUACGCCAUCCUCGGUCGAGUCGGCCUCCUGAUCAUUGGGGCUGUCGGGGGAGUCGUCGCAUUCGUGUCUCUCGAGGCUAGGAACCCAGAUAUUGCGCGCGCGGUCCGCGGCGAGAAGGGCCCCGAGAUACUGGACAGAGUCUGGCUCGACCUCCAACGAGCCAAGCCUCAACACGACAAGGACAUCGAUGGCGAGGGCGACGAGGACAAUGCGUUCAAGGCGUUCGACGACUUCCGACCUGAGACGCGGGAGGCCCUGGGCGGGCUGGUCGAUGCCGUGAUUCGGGACUACGUCAAGUGGUGGUAUAGCCCCAUCAUCCCGGCAGACCAUGCCUUUCCCUUGGCAUGUCGAAAGACCCUCAACUCAUAUCUCCUGGCUAUUUCGAACCGAAUGUCGAGGAAGCGACCCGCCGACUCCUUCCUGGACCUCCUCACCAACUGCUCAUCCAUCAUCAUCGUUCUCAUGUCCGAGCUCGCGGCAGCCUUCGCCGACUUGCCGCCCGAGACCAACAUGACGGCGGCUGAUGCCGUGUACAACUAUCUGGCGUCCAAUCCUGAUUCUCGGCUGGCCAACUUGCUGAACCAGCGGCAGCAGGCUGCCAAGUUCAAGAUGGUCGCGGAAGACCUGCUUGGGUUCCUGGAUGAAGGGUCGCAAAAGUGUGAUCCUGCUCGCGUCUUCCUCCGCGAGAUCAUGGCCAACUCGGUGCUGGAGACCACCCUACAAACGUGCAGCAAAGCCGAGUGGAUCAACGGGUGGAUCGUAUAUCUGCUCGAGGCCGGGGAGCCGGACCUGAAUCAAGCCAUUGAUGUCGGCAUGCAGACAGGCCGCGAUGCUGUCAACAACGUUUUCGUGGACAUGGACGGCAACGUCGGCAAUGUUGGGAUUGCGAAGCCGGGGCGCCCGAGCGCUGAAUCAGAUCGCAAUCGCCGAAAAGAAUCCCUCGGCCACAGGAAGAAGCUCAGCAAGGCCGACGAGAAGCUGGAGGAGGCAAUGGACGAAAUGAAACGAAUGAAUAGCAUGAUUGCAAACGACAAUUCGUCGAGAAAAGGUUCGGUCUCUCAGGACUCGCCAAUACGACACCAUCGCAGCAAGGAGUCCGCCGCUGGCGUGCCGGAUUCCCCCAAGAAGGAGGCGGCUGCGGUGGAAGUGUCUCCGACCUCUGGCCAAUUUAGCAAGGCCACUCCGCAAGGCACAUCGUCAGAUGGGUCAUCGUCCAAAGGCGAGGUGGAAAACACGCCCGUCACGCCUCGGUCGACGAUGGGCUCUUCGAGCCAAAACUCGUCCCCUCAGCGCUCGAGUGGCCAGCAGUUUACGAGCUUCGACCAGAUCGUCCCUCAGGCACAAGGCGACAACUCUGAGGAGGACCCCCCGAAGAAGGCGCCGUUGACGCUUCACAACGCCGCGUUUACCCUCCAUGACGAUGCGACUGGAGACGCGAGCAAGAUCCGGAGCAAACCGAACUGGGACUACCUCAUCCAGGUAGAACCGUCAUCUACGGCGUACCCUGGGUGGAUGAUUGUACGGAGAUACUCUGACUUUGAGACGCUGCACGAGAUCCUGCGGCGGAUCGCUCAGAUCUCUGGUGCCACUGCAUUCACGGAGCUGCAUAAGGAGCUGCCGAGCUGGAAGAUCCACACGCGGGAAUCUCUUCGCGGAGAGCUGGAGAGGUACUUGCGAGACGCAUGUUGGUACGCGUCGCUCGCGGAGAGCGAGGGCAUGAAGCGAUUCUUGGAAAAGUCCCAAGGACACACACACGGCAACUCCAAGUCGUUUGCUUGGGAAACUGUAGGCAAGAACAUGCUCGACGUGCUCACCACAGCGCCUAAGGGGGCCGUGGAGGGCGGCAAGUCAUUCGUGGGCAAUGUGAGCGGCGUGUUCGGCAACCUGCCGGGACUGAACAGGAGGUCGACAAACCAGUCAGUGGACUUGGGCCUGACACCAAGCUCCAGCCGCCUCUCCAUCUCGGGCCCGUCACCAGUCGCCAGCGGAAGAUCGCCAGCGCGGUCAGAGCGUGGCAGCUUGGACAGCCAACGGUCGUCGGUCAUCUCGACGCAGCCCGGCAAGGUGCCGCCCAUGGAGAGGCACCUCAGCUUCCAGUCCCUGCACGACGCCGACGGAGAGAGGGUCGGGCGUCCAGAGCGGAUGGAGCCGGGGUCGGCCUCAGCCAGUGCUCGACCUAGCAGAGAGCACAGCAGGGCAUCGAGUCUGGCGGCGCUUCGCUCUCCCUCGACCGUCAGCCUUGACUUUACCAAGCUGCCGCCGCCACCGGACGAGAUGACGUCCGAUUACGAGGCGUCUGUGAAUGGCGAGGAGUCACCGGGUAAGGCAGGCGAUGGAGCGGUGACGAUGCAGCACACGCGUCGCCACAGCACGCAAAGCGCAGGAAUGGCAGCCCCGGCGGCGUCAACACCACCGGCGGUCGGGCCCAAGAAGAGCAUCGCAGCCAAGGCGACGCGGCAGUACUCGCAAAUGUCCGAGGGCGAGACGCGAGUGGCGGUGGAGCUGCUCUUCGCCGUCAUCAACGAGAUGUACACCCUCUCGUCGGCGUGGAACAUCCGGCGGACGCUGCUGACGGCGGCCAAGUCGUUCCUGCUGCGGCCGGGCAACCCCUCCCUGCUGACGGUGCAGUCGCUGAUCCAGACGUCGGUGUUGGACGCCAACACGUCGGACGCGGGCAUCGCGGCGUCGCUGCGCAAGCUGCGGGAGAACACGAUGCCCACGGACCAGGAGCGGGCUGGAUGGCCGGCCGAGCUGACGGCCGAUGAAAAGGAGAAGCUGGCGGUCAAGGCGCGCAAGCUGCUCAUCCAGAGCGGGGUGCCGGCUGCGCUAAUGGGGGUGAUGGGCCAGGCGGCGACGGGCGAGGCCCUGGGCAGGGUGUUUGACUGCCUGCAGAUCGAGGAGGUGGCGAGGGGCCUGAUCUUUGGACUAAUGCUCCAGGCGGCGCGGAUUGUGACGCAUUGA